AUGUCUGCCUCCCUCAAGAUCACCGACACCCUCCCCCUCCCGAACUCGGGCGUCCGCAUUCCGCGCCUCGGGUUCGGCGUCUACCGCUCCCCAACCCACCAAUGCGUCAAGUCCUGCCUGAAGGCAUUGGAGGCGGGCUACCGACACAUCGACACAGCACAGUUCUACGCCAACGAGGCGGAGGUCGGCGAGGCACUGCGCACCUCCGGCGUGCCGAGGGAGGAAGUCUUCGCCACGACGAAGAUCCUCAGCCCCGCCGCGUCAAUCGAGGCUACCUACGAUAAAUUGCUAGCUUCCGUGCACAAGAUCGGUGGCGCUGAUGGAUACGUUGAUUUGUUCUUGAUUCACUCGUCCAGCUCGGGCUCUGCAGGGCGCAAGCUUUUGUGGCAGGCGCUCGAGAAGCUGUACGCAGAGGGCAAGGCGAAGAGUAUCGGUGUUAGCAAUUGGGGUGUGGGGCAUAUCGAGGAAAUGCGCUCGUAUGCCCAAGUGUGGCCGCCUCAUGUGAACCAGAUCGAGCUCCACCCUUGGUGCCAGCAGCGCGUGAUCGUGGAAUACUGCCGGAAUAAUGGCAUUAUCGUUGAGGCGUACUCGCCUAUCGUGCGGAAUUAUAAGGCCAACGACCCAACUCUCGUGGAUGUGGCGAAGAAAUACGGCAAGGCCACUCAGCAGGUGCUGAUCCGCUACGCCUUGCAGAAGGGCUGGGUUCCUUUGCCCAAGUCCGACAGUCCCGAACGAAUCGUCUCGAACAUGGAUGUGUUCGACUUCGAUAUCAGCAAAGACGAUAUGGCUGUGCUGGAUGCCCUUGAUCAGGGUAGUGCCGGCGCCAUUGUGGAGGCUGUGAGCAACGAAUGA